AUUCAGUCGUUGCGAUUCAAUGUUGAUAGAAGCAGGUUCGAGUGCACAAAGUUACAAUAAGUUAAAGUGUACAAACAUAAAUUGGACAUAGUAACAAGAUUCAUUAUGAAGGUUAAGAAGGUAGUCCCUAUAUUACUGUUGACGUGCAUGAUGGUACACUUAGGGCAAGGACAAGGUAUUCUUGAAGGAGUCUUAACAUUAUUGGGAGAAAUGUCGAGUCAGUUAAUACCAGACUCCACGGAUGAAUUCACCAUUCUGCCGGAAUACGACUUCAUCGUGGUGGGAGCAGGAACGGCUGGUUGCGUAAUAGCGAAUCGUCUAACGGAAAACCCGAAGUGGAAAGUGCUUCUAAUCGAAGCUGGUUAUAUCGAAACGCCAAUCAUGGAUUUCCCGAUAUUGGCAAACUACCUGCAAUUUACAGACGCGAACUGGCGCUUCAACACCAUGCCCAGCCAGAGGUACUGCAUGGGCAUGGAAAACGGACAGUGUAACUGGCCCAGAGGUAAGGUGAUGGGCGGAUCGAGCGUGUUGAAUUACAUGAUCUACACCAGAGGAAAUAAAAAGGAUUACGAUAAUUGGGCAAAGUUGGGUAACGAGGGAUGGACCUUCGACGACGUCCUACCGUACUUCAAGAAAAUCGAAAACUUCACCAUCGAUGAGUACAAGGAUUCGGAAUACCACAACACCGACGGUUACUUGAAUAUUGGAUACGCGCCUUACCACACGAAACUCUCUGAAGCCCUUAUAGAAGCCAACAAAGAAUUGGGCAUGAAAUACGUUGAUUACAAUGGAAAAUCGCAAAUCGGCGUAAGCUACCUGCAGACGAGUUUGAAGGACGGCAUGAGACACAGUUCGAAUAAAGCUUACAUAUACCCGAUUAAGCACAGGAAAAAUCUGCACGUGAUAAAGAUGACUAUGGUGAAGAAGAUCCUGAUCGACCCGAAGACCAAGCAGACGUACGGCGUGGAAAUAAUCAAGAACGGUAGAAGCUCCACUGUUUUGUCAAGGAAAGAGGUUAUCGUCUCUGCAGGCGCGAUCAACUCUCCGCAACUGUUGAUGCUCUCAGGAAUCGGACCCAAGCGACAUCUGCAAAGCUUGAAUAUACCGGUGCUGAAGAACUCUAGGGUAGGCUUCAACCUUAUGGAUCACAUCGCCGUAGGCGGAUUGACUUUCACGUUGGAGAAGCCGUACUCCAUCAACGCUGACAAAAUGUUAGAACAUAACAACUUAAUCGAUUAUUUGAACUAUCACAAGGGACCUAUUUCAAUCCCAGGAGGAUGCGAGGCGCUCAGCUUUCACGACCUCACGGAUCCGAACAAUCCUGAUGGUCACGCAAACAUCGAGCUUCUGUACGUAUCCGGUUCGAUUGCGUCCGACAGUUUGUUGAGGAAAAACUUUGGCAUUCGUGAGGAUUUGUACCAGAAGAUAUUCAAACCGAUCGUAGAUAAGCACAGCUUCUCCAUUUUUCCCAUGCUGCUGCUGCCGAAGAGCAAAGGACGCAUCAUGCUCUCCAGCGCGGAUUAUCGCGGCAAACCGCUAAUAUUCCCCAACUACUUUUCUGAUCCCGAGGAUCUGAAGACGAUAGUCGAAGCCACGAAAUUAGCGAUCAAUGUAACACAGCAGCCAGCCAUGAUGAAGAUCGGUACCAAGCUACACACUAUUCCCAUCCCUGAAUGCGAACCCCUCGGGUUCGGAACUGACGAGUAUUUGGGAUGCAUGGCUCAGCACUUCACGCUGACCAUUUACCACUUGAGUGGCACUUGCAAAAUGGGCCCUGAAACGGACAAGAGGGCCGUUGUUGACCCACGUCUUCGUGUGCACGGCAUCAAAGGGCUGCGCGUUAUAGACGCAUCCAUCAUGCCGGAAGUAAUUUCCGGUCACACCAAUGCGCCUGUAUAUAUGAUAGCUGAAAAAGGAUCCGAUAUGAUAAAACAAGACUGGGGAUACAUCUAAACGACUGGAGGGAACUGAAGAGCACAUAAAAAUCUGUGAUAUCUCAAGUGGGCAUAAUUAUUAGAAACAAUCGUUAGAUGUAAAUUUAGUUUUUAUUUUGAUACACGACUUAGAAUAUAUCGCAGUAUUUGAUAGACUUCAAAUAUUACA